GCCUCUAGCUUCUGGGAUGCUUGUCUUGUUUAUCAGAAUUCGUCGUCACCGACCGGAAUCUGUCAUUUUCAAUCGCGAUCCGCCGUUUUUAAUCGGGUUCCGGCAUUCGCGAUCAGUAAGAGAGGCUCAUCAUUACUUGCGACUGGAAAGCGCGUAGUCUCUCUUGGAAGUAGCGUUCCCGACAAAUAAUUGAUCAUUUGCUAGAGGAGACGUUCUUAUAUCGCUUGCAACGGUCGUCGUCAGUUUAAUCCCGUAGCCGCUUAUGGCCCGACGAAAGCCGCCAGAGCCGCAAUCGCAGGCGGACGAAGCCUCGCGACGUGUGCGAACGAGAUCCAUGUCGCGCGGAGUCGCCAGCAGCCAUGCGACGCCGCAACCAGCACCUUCGCUUCAAGAAGCGGAGGGCAUUCAGGAGGAUGCACCCGCGAAUAUCGCAAGCGACGAGAUCGCACCCGACGUCGCAUGGACAGGCGAUGAGGAGCCAAGCGACGCAAGGGUCCAGAGGGGGCUUGUAGAUCGUACGGCUGAUGAUCGUGCGGAUGACAAUAGCGCUGAUCGUACGGCUGGCGAUGGCGCUACGGCUGGCACGGCUUCUGGACAGGCUGGCGCUGACUCGGAACACGUUGGCGGAGGUGGUGCCAGCGUGGACGCGGGUGACGUGGCGCGCCGUCGAUUCCUCUCGAUCGCACGGCGGAGAGCCGCCCAUUUCGCCCACUUCGACGAUUCCUCCCGCCUCUCCUCCGCUCCCCGCGCGGGCGUGCGUGAACCCCCUCCCGCUGCCCGCGCGUCCGCCCCCUCCGCUUCGGCCCAGGCGGGUGCCGCGGAACGCGCUGCUGGCUCCGACGCGCCCGCGCCUGCUUUGGCUGGGGGGGAAGGAGGACCAGGGGGGGCAACACUGGUGCGGGGGAGAGCCGCGGCUGCAGCCGCCAGGCAGGCGCAAGGGGGCGCGGGGGCGCGCACAGGGGGAAGCGCGGCGGGGGAGGUGGAAAAAUCGGAGGGGAGAGCAGGAGCCGGCGCUGGCGCUAGCGCGGUUGUAGCCGGGGGGGUUGUAGCAUGGACUCCCAAAGCUAGGGUUCCAGAUCUGGCUUUAACAGAUUCUAAACAGCAAGGCGGAGUGAAAGAUUGGCGGAUAGGCACAGGAGGGAGUGGGGGAGGCGGGGGAGGGGGGGGAGGGGGGAGAGGUCCGCGGAGCCUCUACUCGUUAUGCCUGGAGCUAGUAGCGACGCAUAUAGAUGGGUUGGAGUCGGUGGAGGGGGUGCCUGACGCGGUGAGGAGGGACCUGAGUGCGUGCCUGAGCGCUCAGAGGCGGCUGGACGGGCGAGUGCUGCACCUGCUGCUGGAAGGAGUGGCGACGGAGCUGAGUGUUGCUGACUGUUCGUUGGUCAGUGAGGCGGAUCUGAAGAGCGCUCUCAGCACCUGCAAUGCCGCCAACCUGGAGCUCUUUCAUCUCUCCAUGUGUGGUCGAAGCCUCUCCGACGCCUGUCUCACCACCACACUCCUACACAGCCCUACCACCCUCCCCGCCCUCCGCUCCCUCGCCCUGCAAGGCGCAUACCGCCUCUCCGACGCCUCCCUCCCCCCUCUCGCCCUCGCCGCGCCUGCCCUCGCGCACCUCUCCCUCCUCCACUGCCCGCUCCUCUCCUCCCCUGCAGUUUCCACCCUCAUCUCCUCCCUCUCCUCCUCGCUCAAUACCCUCCGUCUGGACGGCUGCUGCCAGCUGGACGCUGCUGUGCUGCUCCUGGGGAUGAAGCAGCUGACAGGGCUGUCCUGCCUGUCGCUGGCUGGACUGUCUUCGGUGUCUGACGCUGUACUGAGCGAGCUUCUCCCUGCAAUCGGCUCCAACCUGAAGGAGCUGUCCCUGGCACACUGCGAAGAAAUAACAGACGCAUCAGUGGCAGCAGCAGCAGCCAACGCACCGUCCCUAACCGCUCUAGACCUCUCGCACCUUCCCCUCCUCACUGACGCCUCCCUCCACUCCCUGUGCUCCGCCCAACUCAAGCUUCGCUCGCUCAACCUCACUCGAGCCAGCUUCAGUGACGCUGCUCUCGCGGCACUCAUCCAGGCCUCAGGCGCCGCCCUGCAGAUCCUCUCGGUCAACGCAGUUUAUGAGGCAGGAGACGGUCUGCUUAUCUCUCUGGCGCGCUGCUCCCACGAAUCUCUCGAGUCUCUGGACGUGUCGUGGUGCCGCUCCGUGUCCAACCACGCUCUCGGCCUGCUUGCCGAUUCUUGCCCCAACCUCUCCAGACUCUGCCUCUACGGCUGCUCCCAGGUGACUGAUGUGUUCUACCUCGGGCAUAGCAACCCUCGUCUGCACCUGAUUGGUCAAGUGGGAAUGGUCAUCAACUGACCAGCGCUGCUUGCCAUGCCGCUCCAUAUUCCUCGUGUUGUGUAUACCUCGCCUCGCAUCACAUACUCCUGUGCAGGGGUUUGACGAGCUGCCUGGUUGGUCAAGUGGGGCUGAUGAGGGUUGCUUGCUUGCCGUGCCGCUCCUGGUCCAUACUUGCCGUGUCGUGGUUAGGUCUCCCUGUAUAGAUCUCUUUGUAUCAUGUGUGUUUGUGUUGGACAUCCAGGUGCUUGAUGUGUGAUACCUUGGCCUGGUCACUGGCACUAGGUCUAAGGAAGCACACACAAUGCGUCUCACAUUUGCAUGCAGGUCAGCAUAGUUGCUUUCAUAGUAGAGAGUUAUUCGCCCUGUAAACGGUCAGCCUGUAUCG